CAUGUUUCAAGGUGAUGGGGUGACAUUCAUGUCUAUGGGUUCUAGUAACCAUAUUACAUCAGAUGAGCUGUGAACUCAUUCACCCACCAACGCAAUAAAAAAUUCGAUAGCUUUUUAAAAAGAGUUAUGUUUCAUUUUCCCAUUCUUAUUAUUUUUUAAUGUUUGUAACACAAUGGGGGCUGUCCCGCCAUUUUAAAUUAUCGCCAUUUCGUUUCUUGUGUGAGAUGGAGAAUUAGACAGGAAAGUGAGAUAGAAAUAAAAUAUCCUAUUGUGUUUCUCUCUGUAAAUCCUUACAAUAUAAAAUUUAACUUUAACUGUGAUAUUAUAUAAGAGCCGAGAAAAAUAAUGAGAUAAAAGAAUAUCAUUUUAAAAAUGUUUACAACUAACAACGUUCAAGCGGGCACAGUGCCCACUCUACAGUACCAAGAACAUCCUCAGAAGUCACAAGGGAAGAACAUAGAAAACGUACAACAAAAGAAUGCUCAUCAAUCACAGGCACAACAGGAAUUUCCAACAUUUUGUUAUACAACAAAUGUGAAUAUGAUUGGUAAAAUUGGAACUGCGAACACUAGUCAAACAGGGGGUGUGAACAUAACGCAACUGACUACAAGCGAUGACAAGACAUGCUAUAUAGCACAACCGUUCUCAUAUAAUUAUGCACUUGUUAAUCAAAUGCAAAUAGCUCCUAAUGGAAUACAAAAUACAAUAUCAAACAUUAGUUUCAAAUGUGAUGUUUGUGGACUUAUGUUUGGUCAUCUAACUUUACUGACAGCUCAUAAAAGGAUUCAUACUCAAGAUACAGAUAACAAUAUUACAGUGGUAGCAACAGCUGGAAAUGAUGUUACAAUGCCUUCACAUAUACAAAUAUUGUCAUCAGACCCAAAUGAACAACAAAAUCAACAACACCAUGUACAAAUACAAGACACCAAGCCUUUACUAGACAAAAUUCAGAAAUGCAUAUCAUGUGGUGGAACAAUACAGAACAAUCCAAAAAGAAAGGGGCCCAAGUUAAUAAGAUGUGAAACCUGUAUAGCACAAGACUCUGUUGAUCAACAUAGACCAAAUCAAAUGAUUCCGGCACAAAUUUUCGUUGGAGAAGAGAAUGUGAAGUAUGAAGUUAGUGGUGUGAACUCUAAUGCACCUUCAACAGAUCCACUUUCGACCACUCAAACAGCUCAACCUGUGCAACAACAACAACAACAGCAGCAGCAACAGCAGCAAAAACCAUUGCCAGGUCACCAUCCUGUGAAAAAAAGAAAUUUGUCAUCUGUAACAAAAUGUCAGAAUUGCAAUGGUUCUGGUAUUAUAUUUGUCGGCGGAAACAAAAAUAAGUUGAAUCAGCCAAGUGCAGAUAAACCUUUCCAUUGUAACAUUUGUGGGGGCUCAUUUUCGAGAUAUUCUUCGUUGUGGUCCCACAAGAAAUUACAUUCUGGUGAGAAGAAUUUUAAAUGCGGUAUUUGUGGCAUAGCUUUCGCAAAAGCUGUUUACCUUAAAAACCAUUCAAGAAUACACACUGGAGAGAAACCUUACCGGUGUAAAACUUGUGGAAUGCAGUUUUCACAAUCUCCUCAUCUAAAAAACCAUGAAAGAACACAUUCUGGAGAAAAACCCUAUGUUUGUGAGGUUUGCGACAAAGGCUUUGCGCGACACGCAACGCUCUGGAACCAUCGACGCAUACACACUGGAGAGAAACCAUACAAAUGUGAAACUUGCGGAUCAGCAUUCAGCCAAGCUGCUCACUUAAAGAAUCACGCGAAAGUACAUUCAGGAGAGAAACCUUUCAAAUGUGAUAUUUGUACGGCAGCCUUCGCGGAUCGGUUUGCCUUGAAGAGACAUAGAGGAAUACAUGAUAAAUACGGUCAAACUGCGCCUUUACCUUCGAGUAUACAUUUAGAUCGGCAACAAAAUCAAACUCUUCAGCCAUCUCAGCAAUCCAACAACGAACAAAGCACAACACAAACCAGUGUUGAAGUAGUCGUGACGCCACAGGGAACGACAACUGUCAGCAUAGGGAAUUGAAAUGUAAAGUAAUAUAAUGACUGAGUAAUUAAUUUCACACAAGUUUUACGACUGAAAAUAUUUGAAAAAUAUACCCCACCCACAUAACAACGUACAUCAUGGAACUGCUUUAAGAUAUUGACAGUUUGACACAGGAAAUUUUUAAAGUUGUUAAAUGGUGAGACCUUAAUGUCUGCAUUUAAUUCAAUACAAAUCAACUUAUACUAUGAGUUUUCAGUUUAGUAACUGAGUGAGGGCUUAUUAGCAAUAAUUUGCAGUUAACACAGUACUCCAUUUAGUUUUUUUUUAAACAUUUACUUCGACAUGUUGAUCGAAUAAAAUUAUAAAAUUUAGAGAAAAAAAGAGAGAGAGAGAGUAUUCUUUAUUUUACACCAACAACAAAAAAAACAAUACGUAACAUAAAAUAAAAUAAAAAAAUAUACAAUUGGCGGUCAAAAUUUUAUUCAUUUAUUAAAACUACUUCACUCCGCAAUCAUCGUUUACAGAAUAUGGUCCUAGGAGUUUAAUCACUCAAACCGAAGAUUUAGAUUCAUUUUGUAUAGAUAAUAAUUACAUUUUUUGGUAAAGGCUAAAAAUUUGAACUGUUUUAAAUUUGUUUAUUAGUAAGACAAGUCAAUUGCGACUAAACAAAAAAAAAUACAGUCGACGAUAAACUGAUAUGAAAUGAAAUGUUUUAUUGGCUAUAUUUAAGUAGAUGUGACCAAAAAGUUUGUUAAGCCUUUAAUAUAAAUAAAUCACUACUAUCAUGUGCUAUUUGACGCCAUUUGAAAAAGAAUUAAUACUAAAAAAAUUCGACCACAUUUCUGAAGUUUAUGUUUUAUUAGUAAAAAAUAUUAAAACAGUGGUGGUUCUAUAAACACGUUUAUUGCGGGACAAUUUUUGUAAGACUCAGCCAGUGCGUAUGAGAUCUUUUCGAGGCAAGUUUUUUUUUAUUGCUUAGAUGUGUAGACGAGCUCACAGCCCACCUGGUGUUAAGUGGUUACUGGAGCCCAUAUACAUCUACAACGUAAAUGCGCCACCCACCUUGAGAUAUAAAUUCUAAGGUCUCAGUAUAGUUACAACGGCUACCCCACCCUUCAAACCGAAACGCAUUACGGCUUCACGGCAGAAACAAGCGGGGUGGUGGUACCUACCCGUGCGGACUAGACUAAGAGGUCCUACCACCAGUAACAAGAUUGGAUAUCUUUACUCAUGCCCAUAGAAAUCUGGACAUCGCCUCCCGUUUCGAGUGAAAGAACACGUGUAUGACUGCUCCAUCAGAGGACAGCUGCGUAUGGGGCUCUUUAAAUCACAUGACACAUUCAACGUGUUGAAACACUAAAUGGUUUCAUAAUAGAGUAAUUUUAUUGUGUUUAUGUAAGUGAUGGCCAAGAAACCUUUCCAAUUUAAUAAACACUUUUUUGUUUGGCUAAAGGUAAUUAAAUCAACAAUUAAAGCAAUAUUAUAAGUAGUGCUUUGGAUCCAACGUUAAAUAAGUUAUCAUUCGUCGAAUUACAUUGUGUACAUUCGAACUUCAUCAAAGUUCCCUCUCGGGUAGACUCAGUCACAAAACUGAAGACUUCAUUUUUCUUUUCAGCUAAAAUGUAAGUUACACGAAUUACGAAAUGUUUUAUAUCCGCCCAUUUUAAAUAAGCCUGCUGAAUUUGAUCAUGUACUAAUGUAGCCUUUUAAUAUUUCAAGGCGAUUAAACAUUAAAAUAUUAAGGAUCAGAGUUACUUUUGUUUAGAUUUAAAUCAAGGCUUUAAUAACGAAGUGGACUGAAUGUUAUCAUUGAAAACUGAUAGUGUUUCUGUACAAAUUUGUUUUCUGUAAGUGUCCCUUGUAAAUAAAAAAAAGAUUAAGGUACCCAUAGAAAUAUACAGAUGUGAUUUAUUAUAGCAUAUCCAUAACUGAAAGGUUCUCUAGGAGUGUGUUGCACUUGUCAUGUUAGUAGACAGUAGGUAAAAAAGCAAUAAUUAAUAAUUAUGUAAUAUGAGAUGUGAUAAGUGCAACUCAUUUCAUUUUUGUAUAACAUCAGAAUGAUGUUUUCUGUUAAGUUAGGGUUUAUAAUAAUGUAAUAAUAAAAAUAUAGUAAAAUUGUCUAGAAAUAACGCUUUUCAUUUAAUUAAGAUAUUCUUACAACCGUUACGUAUCUUGCUGCACAAAAAGUCGCCUAAAAAUCAGAUAAAUACUUGCCAGCCAUAAAGCGAUAAUUUCCCUUUUACGCUUCUGACUAUGAGAGACAGUAAAUUUUUAGAACGAAAUUGAUCUCAUUCAGUGCUUUAAUGUAACAUAUUCAUUGAUAUAUGAAAUAACUAGCCGUACUCUCCCGCUUCGCUGGGUAUUUAAAAUUAACAUUAUUAUUUAUUGUCAUUAUGAAUAGGGAGUCCAACACUCGUAUAAAUAUUAGCCUAUCCAUUAAGUACAUGUAUUUUCUACAUAGAUACUAAGUUUCAAGUCAACCGGUUGCAUGGUUCAGUAGUUAUAACAGAACAUCCGUAAAAACCACUAGAUUUAUAUAUUAGCCUAUGUAAUUAUUAAUUUUUAAAUUUGAAUCCAUCAAGACUAAUUUGAAUUUUCUGGUAGGUAUAGGCUUAAGAAAUCUUUGAAACAAACUGAAAAUAAAAUUCCAAGUUUAAAUGAUAAUAAAAUUACAGUGGACAUCUCUGUUCAUAUUAUAUUUUUUACUAUUGAAGUUUGUUUUUAAGGAUCUACCGCAAAUGAGAAACCUUGCAAUGGAUUAGGCUAAAAUUCUUGUAGAGAUGCAGAUAACUUUUUGGCUAUAAAUUCUUUCAUAUAGACAUUAUUAUUCACUAUUAACUUUUUGUUAAAAAACUAGCUAUUAGAUUAUAUGUUUUAAAAUGGAAAGUCACAAAUAAUAUUUUUUUGUUUAAAGAUAGAUGUACCUGCUACUUCCCUGCACUUUAUCAAAAUUUCAAGUAUAAGUAUUAAAGGAGGAAAGUGUAGAUGAACCAGCCUUGUAUCAUGAAUAUAGAUUUUAAAGGUACAUUAGCAAUUUGAAGAUUUGUCCACGAUUUUUUUUAAUUUAGAAAAUUAAGAAAAAAAUGGCAAUAGUUAUAAUUCUUGAAUAAGGUAAUGACAUAAUAAUAAUCAGACAAAUGUAUGAAAAUGUCUCAUUUAAUCACAGAAUGUUUAACAUAAAUUAUGAGAACAAGACAAAAUAUACAGAUUAAAAUAAAUUUACUCAUAAACCCAGUUUUCAUUUGCAGGUGUCCAGCCCACAACUUCUUUGUCCGUAAACCAGAGGCCUAUUUCCUUUUUAGCAGAUUCAACGCUGUCCGAACCAUGGAUGAUGUUACGCCCAACUUGAAUGCAGAGAUCACCGCGGAUAGUGCCGGGCUGCGAGUCAGCUGGGUUAGUUGCGCCAAGCAUUUGACGGCCAGUCUUCACAACAUUAAGGCCCUCCCAUACCAUAGGGACCACAGGUCCUGAACUCAUGUACUUUACUAGACCAGGGAAGAAAGGCCGGGAUGCCAAAUCGCUGUAGUGUUGCUGGAGAAGUUCUUCUGAUGGCCAUACGAAUUUCAAACCGACUAGUUUGAAGCCUUUCUUUUCGAAACGUUCAAUAAUGGUGCCCACAAGACCACGUUGUACACCAUCAGGCUUAACCAUAAUAAAAGUACGCUCACGUUGUUCCGCCAUCAUGAAAUAUUACUAACGUGCUCAAUUAACUACACGUGCACUACAGCCGGCAAUGAUUUAAAAAGU